CUUGUACAUUAUCUACGGAUUCGACAUUUCGGAAUUUCAGCUUCUGCAAGGACAAAAGCUUCAAGGGACAGAAGUAUUCCUCAGAGGUAUAUUGGACAACCUACCUCCUACACCCACAGGCACCUGUUGAGAGAUGAGGAGAUCACUCCAGGUAUAACCUCACAGGAGUUCAGGAGACGGAGACAGUAUCUUAUGUCGGCCAUCAAGAAAUCAAUGUAUGGUGAUUGCCCCAACCAUGUUGCUGUUAUCUUAGCAACAGACACCAAGUAUAUGACUGACGAGAUUCCCUAUCCAUUCCGCCAGAAUACAGACUUCUUGUAUCUUUGUGGUUUCCAGGAACCUUCAAGUGCCUUGGUCCUGGAGAGCACUCCAGGGAGUUCUCUUCCAGAUCAUAAGGCAACUCUCUUUGUACCCCAGCGAGAUGCUGAUAGAGAACUAUGGGAUGGCCCAAGAGCAGGGGUUGAUGGAGCAAUUAGUUUCAUUGGAGUUGACAACGCCAAUGUGAUCAGUGACUUGAGCGAGUACUUAGAUCAGUAUGCCUCCAGGGACAAGCUUGUUGUUUGGUAUGAUGUCUUCAGGAAUGUCAACAGUCAGUUGCACAAGGAGGUUGUUGGUAAUCUAGUGACUCCUUGCAGGAACAAAGGCCACACUGUGAACAUUCUUCAGCAGCUUAUGCACUCUAUCCGUGUCAUCAAGUCUCCUGCAGAGAUCAAACUGAUGCGCGAGUCUUGCAGCAUUGCUUCUCAUGCCUUAAUUGAUGUGAUGCGCUUCACAAAACCAAACAUAGACGAAGCCCAUCUGUAUGCAAAAAUGGACUUUGAGGUAAGACUGAAUGGAGCAGAGUUCCUAGCUUAUCCCCCUGUUGUUGCAGGAGGGAACCGGGCUAAUACAUUGCAUUAUGUGAAGAACAAUCAGAUUGUUGAAGAUGGAGACAUGGUGUUGAUGGAUGCUGGCUGCGAGUACCAUGGUUACGCCAGUGAUAUCACAAGAACAUGGCCAGUCAAUGGAAGGUACUCUGAUGCCCAAGCUAGUGUUUACCAGUCAGUUCUAGAUGUUCAACAGGAGUGCUUGGACAUGUGUGAGGUGGGAACUACCCUUGACCAGAUUUAUCAUCGUAUGCUGGAUGGACUAGGCCAGAAACUUCAGGAUCUGGGCAUUGUGCCAAGAUCAAUGAAUAAUGCAGAGCUUAUAAGGGCAGCCAAGAAAUACUGUCCUCAUCAUGUUGGGCACUACUUAGGAAUGGACACGCAUGACACCCCUCGGGUAUCCCGUAGCAACCAGCUGCAGGCAGGGAUGGUCAUCACGAUUGAACCAGGACUCUACCUUCCUGCAAACGACAAUGACAUACCUCAAGAGCUGAGAGGGAUUGGUAUCAGGAUUGAAGAUGAUGUCUUGAUCAGAGAGGGCGGUGCGGAGGUCCUUACUGCUGAAUGCCCAAAGGAAAUGUCCCAAAUAGAAAGUAUAAUGGGUGGGAAUUCAUGACAUAAUAGAUCAUGAAUUGAAUUAAUGAGCAAUUAUGAAACAGUACUACGUGAACAGUAGUUGACUUUCAAUUUUCAAAAUGUAUGCAUAUUGUUCUCCAAUUAUUCAUUAUUUCCAGUAGAGAAAGAGCCAUAUUGAAUAGGAGACAAAUCAACUGCCUCCAUAUACAUAAUUUGAUGGUAUUUUCUUUCUCCUGGAAAUAAAAUGAAUUUGAAAACAUGUAAAUAUAAAGCUUUUUUUUUUAGGUUGCUUUCAGUUUGCCUUUUUAACAUGCAAAAUGAAAUUGGAUUCAAAGUGUGCUUAUUCAUUGAUAAUGGUCUUACCAAAUUUCUCAGGAAAAGAGCAAUAAUAACCUUGAAUAAAAAUUAUGAGGGAAUUUAGAUAAGAGCACAAUCAAGGAUUUGUCUUUGAUAGUUAAGAUGUCAAUUUGUUUUCUUUUUUCUUUUUUUCGAAGAAAGAAAAAACUCCAUUGAAUAGUAUUCUUUAUUUUAUCUUCCAACUAGAAUCAUUUUGGAUGAAUUAAUCAAUGAUACAUAAUGAUUUACCCAUCGAUCAAAGUCUAUGCACAAAAUACAUGGAUAAUGAUAAUCAUAAUUGCUUGUGAAUGUGAUAUUAAAACAAUGUUUCUAUAUUGAAGGAUAUUUCUGGAAUUCAAAGAAAUUUAGAUCUUGCAAGUUAAAUCAGCUUCCAGGAAUGUCAGGGAAAUCCAGAAAUUAGAAUGUACAGAUUUUUUUUGUAUGUGACAAUUUUAGUAUUAAUGAGGUAUAUAAAAAUACUUGGCUCUUUUUGUAGUUCAUAUUUUCGAAAUUUUAUGCAUUAUGCUUAUUGCUUGCAUUAUUGAUUUUGUCCCUAGAUUUCUAAUCACUGUGUCUUCUUCAGGCUUGCUGUGUAUUUGUCCACAGUUUGUUUAUAUGAAAAUAAAUUUGCAUAUUACAGGAAUUCUGCUGACCCUGGGAAAUUCUGGAUUCAUUUUGAGAUUUUCUUUUUGAGCCGUGGAAAUACUAUCAAUUUCAUAGAUAUGUCCAAACUCACAUCAAAAUGGAUAUAUUUCAGCUAUUAUUAGAUUUGUAGUAGUUUCUUCCUAGAUAGUUAACAGAUUUUACUGCAAUUUGUGGAGAGCUGUGGCCCAGUGGGUCAGUAUACAAGGAGCACUUAUGCAUGAGAGUGAUGGUACAAGAUUUCGCACGAGAUGAAAUAAAGAUGCUCUGUUCAACAAGGCAUAUACCCGAGUUGGAUAGAGUGUCCCUUUCACUGAAUGUGAAAUAUUGUGCCCUUGCAUGAAUAAGAAUAUUAUCUAUUUGUGUUGUACAACGCAUCGGAAGUGAGCAAAAAUAUGAACAAUAAUUGAUUUUCCUUAGGAUUAUAAAGGAAGAUGAGAAAGGUGAUUGAGAGCAAAAGCCCUCAAAUGCGCAUCUGCUCUGCAACAGCAAUGCGUACUUUGUUAGUAAACCCUAUGCGUAUUGCACUUGCAUUUACUAACAAAUCACAAUGAAUUGAAUCGUACUAUGUCAGACCAUGCAACGGUACAUUAUGGACGGUACAUUUUGGCCGGUACGUGUGCAGCGGUACGAAUGUUUCACAUUCAGCCUCCCACAUGCUUGCGUACAAGCUAAGUAGGUGUUGUACAAUAAGAAUCAAUUUUGUGAUAAGUUUUUGCACUGGAAAAGCUUUGACAGACUAAACCCAGGGUAACGAUAGCCAAGGUCUCUUGUAGAAGCGCAUAGAGACGGUAUUUGAUGUGAUAUGUGCUAUACAAGAAUUUAAUAGUAUUGUGCAGAAUUUCACUCUGCCCCAUAUAAGGAAGAUGUAUAAUACAGUCUAUUGGUUCACACGAGCAAGAUGGGUCAAAUAAUUACGUUUCUAUUUAGUAUAGAGCACCAGUCAGCUAUAAUCUAAUCCCACCAUGGCCUAGCAUCCUUUGGCAAGGUACCAGUCCACACUUUGCCACUCUUCACCCAGGUACUAAUUGGUUACCGGGGAGGAUGUGAAAGCCUAUGUAGUAUACCAAGCAAUUGAAUUGGUAAACUUUUGUUAAAUGCUUCCCAGGGAGCAGAGAAUGUGCAUACAUUAUAUGCGGGCAAGCCUGGGUCUGACGACUAGGUUUAUACAAGUAUCUGUAAAGCACGUUGGCCCGAAUUCACAAAGGUGGUUUUGAAAACCUGCGGUUGAGUCCAUAGUUUAUGCAGAUUUCCAUUAUA